GGCAGGACGGAGCGCGCGCGCGCACGCUGGACGCAGUGAGAGUGGUAGCGCGUGCACUCGGGAUAAAGAUGGGCAACGUUCAACCUACAGUCUUUCCCUAUGAGGACUUUGAUGUGGUGGCAGAUAUUAAGGAGAUCCGUAAAGCCUGCAAAGGAAUGGGCACUGAUGAAGAGGUCAUCAUCUCCAUCUUAGCUAACCGCUCGUCAGCCCAGCGCAUGGAGAUUAAACAAGCGUACCUUGAGAAAUAUGAUGAUGAGCUGGAGGAGGUGCUGAAGAGCGAACUGACGGGAAGUUUUGAGAAAGCCAUCAUGGCCAUGCUGGAUCUUCCUCACAUCUACACUGCUAAAGAGCUGCGGCGAGCCAUGAAGGGAGCCGGAACUGACGAGGAUGUGCUGGUGGAGAUCCUGUGUACCAGCACAAACCAGGAAAUUGUGAAUAUUAAGGAGGCGUACGCUCAGGUCCACGAGCACGACCUGGAAGCUGACAUCGAGGACGACACCAGCGGAGACGUGAGAAACUUGUUGAUUUCGCUCCUUCAGGCUAGCAGGGACGAGGGUUUCGACGUGGAUGAAGAACUGGCUGAACAGGACGCCACGGCUCUGAUCGAGGCUGGAGAAGGACGCUUCGGCACGGACGAGUCCACUUUCACCUACAUCCUCACUCACAGGAACUACCUGCAGCUUCAGGCCACCUUCAGAUAUUACGAAUCUAUGUCUGGGACAGAUAUCCUCGAUGCUAUCAGCAGUGAAGCCACAGGGACGUUAAAGGACUGCUACAUAACUCUGGUUCGCUGUGCUAAAAACCCACAGCUAUAUUUUGCCCGGCGCCUGAACGCAGCCAUGUCGGGCGCAGGGACGGACGAGGACACGCUGAUCCGCAUCAUAGUGGGACGCUCCGAGUUGGACCUGGAGACCAUUAAGGACAUGUAUCUGGAGAAGUUUGACGUGACGCUGAAGGACGCUCUGAGCUCGGACUGCGGCGGGGAUUUCAAGCGCCUCCUGUUGGCCAUCCUGCACUGAAGCGCUAAACAGGGUCCGACAUUAAAUCCCAACACCACGAACCAACCUUCUCAUUAACACUGCCUAGAGGAAUCACACACAGGCUGUGUUCCAAUACUGCUUUAACACGCUCUCGUCCACUUCCCCUCCAUCCGACACACAAGCGCUGACAGAUCUCACGCUUAUAUUUAGAGUUUUACUACAAAAUCCUGUUUUUAACACAAUUUCUCUUUUUAAAAACUCUCAAACACAAAUUUAGAUAUUUGGAAAAAAGUUCCGUGGCCGAGGUCUUACCUACGAGAAAAAUCUACAAACUAAUUGUUUUUUUUUUUUUGAAGUUUUCCAAAAACUUACUCGUAAAAAUUCUACUAAAAUACAAAUUCUAAUUUUUGGACAUUUUUAUUUACUAGUUAAAAAAAAUCAAAAACUAACUUUAGAUAUUUUUAAUUUUUUAAAAAAAAAAUCUUUUAGGUUUCUUUCUUUUUUUUGAGUGAUUUAGUCACAACUUUUUCUCAAGCACACGUUUGUAUUUUGUGACCACGAUUCUAAUUCUAUUACAGUAACAUUUUUAUCGUCCCGUUUUGAUACUUCAUCGCAUUUGAUAGAGAAAUAAAACACAAUUUUCAGCAUUUUCUACACUUCCAGGCCAAAGUUUCAUGGCAUGGAUAUUUGUUCUGAGUUUGAGAGCGAAUUUCGGGUUGAUUUAGAUGGAGACGUUGGCGAGGGCGUGUUAUUAACAGUGCUACACUGCUUCUACUCCUAAUCCUGUUUCCUCCACUCAUGUUGUUUUUUUUUUUAGUGUCAUUAUAAUGAUGUGUUCAGUAACGAAGCGUUCAGCAGCAUUAAAUCUAACAAAUACCGUCAUUUAGUGAAACCACAUCAUCUUAUUUGCUCCAGCGUAAAGCAGAGCCUGGUGGGAUUUAUGGACUUAGAGAGAGAGAGAGAGAGAGAAGGUGAGAGAGAGAGAAAGCGAGAGAGAGAGAAAGCAAGAGAGAGAUGGCGAAAGAGAGAGAGACAAGGCGAGAGAGAAGGCGAAAGAGAGAGAGACAAGGCGAGAGAGAGAGAGAGACAAGGCGAGAGAGAAGGCGAGAGAGAGAGAGAGACAAGGCGAGAGAGAAGGCGAGAGAGAGAGAGAGACAAGGCGAGAGAGAAGGCAAGAGAGAGAGAGACAAGGCGAGAGAGAAGGCGAGAGAGAGAAGGAGAGAGAGAGAGAGAGAGAGAGAAGGAGAUAGAGAGAGAGAAGGAGAGAGAGAGAGAGAAGGAGAGAGAGAGAAGGAGAGCGAGAAGAGAUAGAGAGGAGGAGAUAGAGAGAGAGAGAGAGAGAGAAGGAGAGAGAGAGAGAAAGCGAGAGAGAGAAAGCGAGAGAGAGAGAGAGAAGGAGAGAGAGAGAAGGAGAGCGAGAAGAGAUAGAGAGGAGGAGAUAGAGAGAGAGAGAGAGAAGGAGAGAGAGAGGGAGAGGGAGAGGACAGAGAUAGAGAGAAGGAGAUAGAGAGAGAGAGAGAGAUAGAGAGAGAUCAGAGAAAGAUUAGCAUCAGAGCUCGAGCGUGAAAACGAUUCACCCCUCUUUUUCCCCCCGAACUGAAACUAUAGAAAACUUUAAAACAACAAAAGUGGAAGUAUUUAAAGGGACGUGUCAAGUUUCUUAUAAAGCACUAAACAGAACUCAAUCCUAGUCUAAAAUGUCCCUCUAGAUCUUCUGAUCGUCCUGCUGACAGUAGCGUCAGGUGUUUCCUCUUUAACAGGAAGUGUUUCUAACCCGUUAUUCCUUCUUCUGACUAUCUAUACUACUGUAACGUGUGUCUAUACGCUGCCUCCUGCUGAAUAACCCUGUAACUGUGGCUUGUGGAGGUGGAGAGCAGGAGAAAACAUCAGCAGAAGCUGAAAUGUCCUCCUCACUGUUAGUGCUGAUGAUGAUCAAUCGUGUAUACGUUGCUUUGUGAUAUAUUUAUCUGCAGCUGAUAUGAAUGUGAAUAUGAGCGAGUGCAAUCACUAAUACAGGGGAAGAGAAGAUGAAGAAACUGUGGGAGGAAAUAAACACUUCAAACAACUUUGUGUCAAUCAAUAAAUAACACGUAAACAA